AUGCAACACGGAAACCAAACUAUCUCUGAAUUCUUCUUCAUGGGACUCACGGUGGGGUCUGAGCAGCAGCAACUCAUCUUUACGCUGUUUCUAUGCACGUGUCUGGUCAUGGUGGUAGGAAACUUACUUAUCAUCCUAGCUAUUAUCAAUGACGCUCACCUCCACAGCCCCAUGUACUUCUUCCUUGCCAAUCUAUCCUUCACUGACAUCUGCUUCACAACCACUACAAGCCCCAAAAUGUUGGCAAACAUCCAAAGCCAGAUCCUAGCCAUCUCCUUUACAGGAUGCCUUACACAAAUGUAUUUUUUUAUGUUGCUGGUGGAAAUGAACAAUUUCGUCUUGGCAGACAUGGCAUAUGACUGGUACAUUGCCAUCUGUCACCCAUUACAUUAUGCUGCAUUACUGAGUCCCAAGCAUUGUGCCCUGUUGGUAGUGACUCCAUGGGUCAUCUCUAACCUUGUCUCAAUACUGCACUUCAAUCUGCUGGCCCUCGUGACUUUCUGUGAUCAGAGAGAAAUCCUACACUUCUUCUGUGACUUGGAACCCAUUUUAAGGCUUGCUUGCUCAGAUACCCAAAUCAAUGACUUGACAAUCCUAGUUGUUGGGGGAGCAUUUAUUUUCAUCCCCUUCACCUUCAUUCUUGUCUCCUAUGCCAUUAUUGGUUGCACCGUAUUUGAGUUUCCUUCAGCCAAGGGGAAAUGGAAAACAUCCUCCACUUAUAGUUCCCAUCUCUCAACUGUGUUCCUCUGCUAUGGAUCCAUUGUAGGGGCCUACUUCCUCCCCUCUUCUGCCUACUUAGCAGAAAAGGAGAAGGUGGCUGCCAUCAUGUAUACAAUUGUCACCCCCAUGAUGAACCCCUUCAUCUAUAGUCUAAGGAACAAGGACAUGAAAGGAGCACUGAAGAGACUACUCAGCAGGAAAAACUUUUUCUGGAGCUGGUGA